GCAGUCGUUGUUUACAUGAUAAACUACCUCAUGUCUAUGCUCACACAAAUCUUUUCUGGCCAUCUUGGAAAUCUUGAAUAUGCAGCUGCUUCCCUUGGUAACAAUGGUGUUCAAACUUUUGCCUAUGGUCUCAUGCUGGGAAUGGGAAGUGCUGUUGAAACACUAUGUGGACAAGCAUAUGGAGCACAUAGGUAUGGCAUGCUAGGCAUAUAUCUUCAAAGAUCAGCCAUCCUCCUAACUCUAACUGGAGUGUUACUUACAAUCAUAUACAUAUUUUCUAAGCCUAUUCUCUUAUUACUUGGUGAAGCACCAGACAUUGCAUCAGAAGCAGCAAUAUUCAUCUAUGGCUUAAUCCCUCAAAUAUUUGCCUAUGCUGCCAACUUCCCUAUACAAAAAUUUCUCCAAGCACAGAGUAUUGUAGCCCCAAGUGCCUAUAUCUCUUUUGGAACACUAGCUUUUCAUGUCUUAUUCAGUUGGCUAGCAACAUAUAAGCUUGGCCUUGGCUUGUUGGGAUCAUCGUUAGUCCUUAGUGUGUCCUGGUGGAUUGUGGUUGUGGGGCAAUUUAUAUACAUAGUGAAGAGUGAAAGAUGCAAGAAAACAUGGGCUGGAUUUAACAUGGAGGCGUUUCAUGGACUUUGGAGUUUCUUUAGACUCUCUGUUGCUUCAGCUGUGAUGCUUUGCUUAGAGACUUGGUACAUUCAAAUUCUGGUUUUGCUGGCUGGAUUGCUGGAUCAUCCAGAAGUGGCUCUUGAUUCACUCUCCGUAUGCACAACAAUUUCUGGAUGGGUAUUCAUGAUCUCAGUCGGCUUCAAUGCCGCAGCAAGUGUGAGAGUAGGCAAUGAGCUUGGAGCAGGACAUCCAAAAACUGCAGCAUUUUCAGUACUAGUAGUGAAUUGCUUGUCAACCAUUUGUGCAAUAAUAGCAGCGAUAAUAGUGCUUGCGCUCCGCCACGUCAUCAGCUACAUCUUCACAGAAGGCGAAACCGUGGCUGACGCAGUCUCCGAGCUCACCCCAUACCUCGCGGUUAGCCUCGUUCUCAAUGGAAUCCAACCUGUCUUAUCUGGUGUUGCUGUUGGAUGUGGAUGGCAAACCUUUGUUGCCUACGUGAAUGUUGGAUGUUAUUAUCUUAUUGGAAUUCCUUUGGGUGCUUUAUUUGGAUUUUACUUUAAGUACGGUGCCAAGGGGAUAUGGAUAGGAAUUAUAAGCGGUGUAUUUCUUCAAACCCUGAUUUUGUUGUGGACAACUUUUCGUACAGACUGGAACAAAGAGGUUGAAAUUGCUCAGAAGAGGUUGGCUACGUGGGACGACCAGAAGCAACCACUCCUAAAUGACGACAAGUAA